CAGGACAUUUGACAUUUUUACAAUUUUUUUUGCAGGACACAACUGCCCAAAGUGGGACGGGUGGCAACCCUACACCUGAGCUCCACUCAACAUCUCUAGACGAAGUAUCAUCCAGCAAUGUAUCACUGGCCAGUUCCUUUAAGCUGAAAAGUGUUUCCACAAGCCAUGCAGAACACCCUUUCUUCAUUAUGUGACCAUGUUUCGACUGCUCAAGACUGGUGACGAGCUUGAUAGUCGCCGUGUAGUCAGACUUCUUGUUUAACCAUCUGCCUGCCUACUAUUCCCUUUCUGGUUUCUUCUUACCAGGGCUUCCUAUUUAAAGCACAUAUCUGCCCUGUGCACGGCAAGUGUUAAAUUAUUUGUACAUUUAUGCACUACUAAAUGAGUAACCUGCUGAGAAACACACACGGUAAACUAAUCUCAGUUGCUGGGGAAGCAAAGGAAGAGUGGGUAGUCCUGACACACGCAUUCUAGGCCAAUGGGCCUCCAGCAACGGUGUCCGUCACUCAUAUUGUGGUUGCUUGACCUUAACCUCUCAUAUAGUGACAGUCUCUAGUGCAAUUAUUUAAAGUGUUGUAUUAGUACAGCUGGUCCUCUUGAAUGCAGACCGUUGAUGCAGUUCUUUUCCAUAGACGCAAUACAACUGGAUACCAGCAUACAGAACACCUAAAUCAAUAUCAGAGUACUCUUUUCUAUCCUAUUCAAAAGUGAACUGUUCGAUCGCAGGAGUUGUCGUUACCAGGAAACGCGAUUCAUAGAAACUAGUUCGAAGAAGGACUCGGUUACUCUUAAGGGGUGGAGUAAGGUUCAUAAGCUUUCCGCUUUCGUUCCCUUCUCAGAACCGCAACGGUGUGAACUGGAACUACUUUUUGAGAAAAUCGCGGACGCACACGGUAAUUGCAAGCCGAUGUGAUCGUGGAGUGAGUGUGUCUGUUGAUGCUCACUGUAUGUUUGGUGAAAGGUAAGCUGCAGGCCCCAAUAGUAUUUGGUGAGGAGUCCAAGACGAAACGGAGUUUUUACCUUUACAAAGCAGCGGCCAGUCGGUGGCCUGCUGGGAUUGAGUGGUCACUCGUUUUGGUGCUUUUCGCAAGAAGAUAACCUUUCUGACUGUCAUCACUCUUUAAGCAUCUCCAAAAUAUGGCUAGCGAGUUCGUCCCUCCGCCGGAGUGCCCAGUGUUUGAGCCCAGCUGGGAGGAAUUUGCUGACCCGUACGCUUUCAUCAAUAAGAUCCGACCUAUUGUGGAGAAGACGGGCAUCUGUAAGGUCCGCCCGCCGUCCGUAAGUAGACUUGUUAUUCUGAGGAGUGGGGGUAUAGUGGAUGUCCAGAGUCACGGGAUGGUGUGGCUCCAGGAAGGUUCCAAAGACAAAUGGUAUGCAUCAUCAUCCAGUGUUGCUGUAUUUCAAUAUGCAGAUGUUUUGACCCUCAUUCCUUUAGCAGACAGUUUAUUGGAAUUGUUGAUAGUUACUUUACAGCAUGCAGGACUAGUCGCAGAAGAGGGUGGAUUUGAUAUAGUCUGUAAAGAAAGAAGAUGGACCAAAAUAGCUGCAAAGAUGGGCUUUUCACCUGGGAAAGCAAUUGGUUCUCAUAUUCGUUCACACUACGAACGUGUCCUGUACCCCUUUAAUCUGUUUCAGUCAGGAGCCAGUCUGUUGUGUGUUCAGAAGCCAACUUUGAUGAAUGAUGAUGCAAAAGACAAGGAGUACAAGCCUCAUGAUAUUGCCCAGAGACAGUCUCUCAAGCCUUCUGAAAAUGGUACACAGGCACGGCGAGCCAAACGCAUGCGGUCAGAGACUGCAGUUAUUAAAACAGAACCUGGAGAGCCCACUGAGUUCAAACCACACAAUCUUAGACGUAGAAUGGGCUGUGCAACUAUAAAAUGUGAAUCUGUUCCAGAGAAGAAUGCUGUCAGCCUGAAACAGGAACCUUUGGAAAAAAAGGAGCAUUAUUUCAUACAGGAGAAACCAAAAUCUCGGAACAGGAAGAGUACCUCAGUAGUGGACUUGUAUGUGUGCCUGGUAUGUGGCAGUGGCAGUGAUGAAGACCGUCUCUUGUUAUGUGAUGGCUGUGAUGAUAGUUACCAUACCUUUUGUCUUAUUCCACCACUUCAAGAUGUACCAAAGGGAGAUUGGCGAUGUCCGAAGUGUCUUGCACAGGAAUGCCGCAAACCAGGAGAUGCUUUUGGCUUUGAGCAAGCAUCGAGAGACUACACACUUCGAGAAUUUGGAGAAAUGGCAGAUGCCUUUAAGUCUGACUAUUUUAACAUGCCAGUGCAUAUGGUUCCAACAGAGUUGGUUGAAAAAGAGUUUUGGCGUCUUUUGAGUACUGUUGAAGAAGAUGUUACCGUAGAGUAUGGAGCAGAUAUUGCAUCAAAGGAAUUUGGCAGUGGUUUUCCUGUGAAAGAUGGAAAAAUACGUUUUUCACCUGAUUAUAAGGAGUACAUUGAGAGCGGCUGGAACCUGAACAACAUGCCUGUGCUGGCACCAUCCGUUCUGGCUCAUGUCACUGCAGAUAUCUGUGGUAUGAAGUUACCCUGGCUGUAUGUGGGAAUGUGCUUUUCUUCCUUCUGCUGGCACAUUGAGGAUCACUGGAGCUACUCCAUCAACUACCUGCAUUGGGGAGAACCCAAGACAUGGUAUGGAGCACCAGGUUCUGCUGCUGAACAACUGGAAGAUGUGAUGAAGAAAGUGGUUCCAGAGUUAUUUGAAUCACAGCCAGAUCUUCUCCAUCAGCUUGUAACCAUCAUGAAUCCCAAUACAUUGAUGGCUCAAGGAGUGCCGAUCUACCGAACCAACCAGUGUGCUGGUGAAUUUGUUAUUACAUUUCCAAGAGCUUAUCACAGUGGAUUUAAUCAAGGCUUUAACUUUGCUGAGGCUGUUAACUUUUGCACAGUUGACUGGCUACCCUUAGGUCGUCAGUGUGUUGAGCAUUAUCGACUACUGAACCGCUUGUGUGUGUUUUCCCAUGAUGAAAUGAUCUGCAAGAUGGCUUGUAAAGCAGAUAGUUUGGAUGUUGUCUUGGCCUCUGCUGUACAGAAAGAGAUGGCUAUAAUGAUAGAUGAAGAAAAAGCUUUGCGGGAGAGAGUACGCAAGUUGGGAGUAAUAGAAUCCCGAAGAGAAGUGUUUGAGUUGUUGGCAGAUGAUGAGCGCCAGUGCUUGAAAUGCAAAACAACCUGUUUCACAUCUGCUGUUUCAUGUCCUUGCAGCCCUAAAGCGCUGGUGUGCUUGUACCACGUAGACUAUAUUUGCUCCUGUCCAUCCUACAAGUACAUCCUGAGGUAUCAGUAUACACUGGAUGAUCUUUAUCCAAUGAUGAAUGCAUUAAAACUACGAGCAGAGUCCUAUAAUGAGUGGGCUGCCACCGUCACUGAAUCUUUGGAAGCAAAAGUGAACAGUAAAAAGAGCUUGUCUGAUUUCAAGGCUUUGCUAGAAGAAUCUGAAAAGAAAAAGUUCCCUGACAAUGAUUUACUACGCCACCUUCGGUUGGUUACACAGGAUGCUGAAAAGUGUGCAUCAGUUGCUCAGCAGCUUUUGAAUGGAAAAAGGCAAACAAGAUUUCGUUACUGUGGAGGAAAGUCUCAGAACCAGCUGACAGUCGAUGAACUUCGAUGUUUUGUACGACAGCUGUACACAUUACCCUGCUUCAUCAGUCAGGCGCCUCCGCUGAAGGACCUUUUAGCUCGUGUUGAUGAUUUCCAGCAGCAGACUGAGAGAGCCCUUAGUGAAGAGGUGCCAAAUGCUGCAGAGCUGCAGAAGCUACUUGACAUUAGUUUGGAGUUUGAUGUGGAACUUCCACAGCUGUCCUUGCUACGAGAGCGCCUGGAACAGGCACGCUGGUUGGAGGAAGUGCAGCAUGCAAACUCUGAUGCUAGCACUUUGUCAUUGGAUGACAUGAGACGUCUGAUAGACCUUGGUGUUGGACUGGGGCCUCAUGCAGCUGUGGAGAAGGCUAUGGCCCGAUUACAGGAGCUUCUCACCAUUUCAGAGUACUGGGAGGAUAAGGCCAAGAGUCUGAUGAAGGCCAGGCCUCAUCUUUCUUUGGCUGCUGUGGCAGAAGCUGUGAGUGAGAUAGAAGACAUUCCUGCUUAUCUUCCCAGUGGUUUAGCUUUAAAAGAUGCUAUGCAGAGGGCUCAGGACUGGCUUCAGGAGGUGGAGUGCCUUCAGGCUGGUGGACGUGUGCCUGUGCUGGACAUGUUGAUUGAAUUAGUUGCAAAAGGUCAUGCAAUCCCUGUUCAUCUGGACCCGUUACCUAGACUGGAGUCACUGGUUGCAGAGGUUCAGACAUGGAAAGAGAGUGCAGCUAAAACCUUCCUGACAAAGAAUUCUUCAUUUACACUUCUUGAGGUGCUUUGUCCCAGAUUUGAUGUUGGGGUAGCAGGUGUGAAAAAAAAGCAGAAGAAGUUGAAAGAGACACAGUGUGUAAAGAGAGUUCCCCGAGUAGAGAAUUUAAUUGACCUGGAGAAGGCAUUAUCGGAGAGCAAGGAUACGUCAGCAGCAACCUUUCAGGUAAUGCAGAGCAACAGUACAGUUGGUCUUACUUCACUCAAUGGAGGAGAUAACAAGGCAACGUUCUUGCAGCCAGCACUUUCUACACGGCCAUACUGCCAUCCCUUAGAUAGUCUUGGCACAGAACUGGAGGAACUGCUUAUGGAAGCCCAGUUGUUACAGGUGUCAUUGCCUGAGGUACAAGAACUUUAUCAGCUGCUGCUCUCAGGGCAGAGGUUGACAAUUCAACAGAAUGAACACAGUUCGUCAAUGGGAGCAACUUGUGAGAAGGUGGUGGCUAGACUUCAGAAUACACAAGAUCGAAAUGCACAUCGAACAGAGAAUGCUUGCUUUACAGUAAAGAAGGACAUGUAUGUUGUGGACAAAAAGCAGAAGAGAUGUUAUGAAAAGGAUGACGUACUGGGUGAAAAGAAGGAAAACAAAAAUUUUAGCACUUCCAAGAGAAAAAAGUUCAAGUUUAAUCAGGAGCACUCAAAGGACAUCAGUGGUAGAAAGCUGAAAAAGGAGAGAGAAAAGAGACUGAGCGAAUCUUUGUCUGUGCUUUCUGAUGGUUCUUAUUCAGAAUUUGAAGACUCAGAGGAUGAAGAUGCAGUCUGUCCAGCAGAAGGUUGUCUGCAGCCUGAGGGAGAUGAGGUGGAUUGGGUGCAGUGUGAUGGCAGCUGUAAUCAGUGGUUUCAUCAGAUCUGCGUUGGAGUAUCUUCAGAAAUGGCAGAAAAAGAGGACUAUAUUUGUUCCAGUUGUAAAGUUAAAGGCAUCCUAAGCAGGAAAUAAAACUAAAAAUUACAGAGGGAUUCUAUGGGAUUUGAUGAAACUUAACCACGGUUUCUUAAAAAAAAAAAAAAAGCCACAGGCUGGUAGUAGUAAUCCAGCCAAACAUGGUGCUACUUCUUAUGGGAUCACUUUCCACAACUCCUGGGUUUUGUGACACUUUUGUACUUUUUCCUUUUCUUACAAGAACUGUUUCAUGAUCGCCAAGACUGGGGAUAUUGAGUUCUUUACCAAUUUGAAGGAGCUAAAUUUUUUUCUUUGGUUGAAUGGCGUUCGUUUCCAUACCUCAGUCUGGGAUUUUUACUGUCCGGUUAUCACAGUGGUUUGGAUACGGGAAUCUGCACAACUGCACACCAAAAAAAAAUGCUGAACUUAGAGAUGUUUUGUUCAGUUGAAGCAUCUGAAUAAAAUUUUUCACUUUUAUUAUUUUUUUUUUUUUUUAAAUAGUUUAGGUUUAUUUAUCCGAGCAAUAAGUGAUAAGUGUCUGAUUUCAGUGGCAGAAUUAAAUUCUGAGCAGUGUGUUGGUGCUUUAGCAUUUGUUGAUGUACAAAAUACAAAUGCCUAGUUUCUAGUGUCACUGAUGGCUAGUGCCGUAGCCAACGGAAAGAGCUCUGUAAAGUACAUGCCAGUAAACAGCUGUAUUUUGGCGUUUUUUUUUUUUUUUUUUUCUGUAGCUUGUAUGAAAAUGUUGAAGUUUUUAUUGUGAAAUAAAAACUUGGUUACA